AUGACUGGACCAACACGAGAGAAUGGUUUGAUUCAAUGGUAUACGAUUUGUCAAGUGAUGGAUGUGGAAUUGAUCCAAUUAGGAAUCCCUGAACGAUUUGCCACCCUUGUACGUGAUGAGUUUAUUGUUAACUUUGUCUAUGAUGGAUUAGUAGUUGAACGUCCAUACAAUUGGAUUGAAGCUUCAUCAAAUCUUUUCAAUGGAAUGGCUGUAUCAAGUGUUGACUGGGAAACAGUAGUUUCUAACUGGUCAGGUGUCAUCCGUCUAUGGGCUGUACGUGGAUAUGGUCGUCAAUACUUUGAGAACAACGAGAGAGAAGAAGAAGACUAA